UUAUUGUAGGUAAGCUUGAAAGACAUUUAAAAUAAUAUUUAGUGUGAAAUGGGUUAUACCAAAUACUCCAUUUAAGACACCUACAAAACUACCUGCCCUUUUAAUUGGAGAUAUCCGUGGCCCCACGCAGGAGCCCACCCGUCGUGAGACACGCAGGUCAGACGGAGAGCGUUGCGCAAGCCGUUUGAUCACCGCAGGAGGAAGUAUCGCCACCAGCUGUAGCUCCUCUGUCCCUCUCGAUCGCCACCCACCGUUCCUCGCCAAACUCCGGUUGAAGGCCCACAGCCUGUCCUUGUUCUCCUUCGUCCGCCGCUUCCUGCUGCCCCGGUUUUGCCUCUCCCGCUCCUCUCCUCCCCAAUAUAAUCCACCAACCGCACCCCCCGUCACCUCCAAGACGACCAUGGAGGCAGUGGACGGUGGCAGCGGCGACCUCGGCCGGCCGACCACUGCACUCAUGCCUUUCCACCUCCUGGAGAUCACCAUCAUCUCUGCCCAGGGCCUCUACCCCGCCACCCGGUCCAUUAACACGUACGCCUCCGCUUGGGUCGACCCGAAGCACAAGCUCUGCACCCGGGUGGACCGCGCCGGCCACGCCGACCCCACCUGGAACGACAAGUUCAUCUUCCGCGUCGAUGACGCGUUCCUCCGCUCCGACACGGCCUGCGUGGACGUCCACCUCCACGCCGCCCGUAGCCGCCUCAGCCCCCUCCCCGAUCAUCUCCUCGGCACCGUCCGCGUCGUCCUUAGCUCCCUCAGCCCCGCCCCUGGCGUCCGCCGCUUCGUCGCUCUCCUGGUCCGCCGCCCCUCCUCCCUCCGCCCCCACGGCAUACUCAACCUCAGCGUCGCCAUCCUCGAACCCCACGUGAGGAGCAUGCCGCUCUACUUCGGCCUCGACUCUCCGGCGGCCUUCGCCUACAAGGAUAUCACCGUUGGAAGACAGGCGAAAGCCAACGGCCGAAGAUGGUCCUCCGAUGACUGCAGCGGAUGGCAGCUGGAGAGGAACGGAUCGGUGAGCAUGGAGAGUGGGGUGGAGGAGCGGGAGCGGGAGGAGCUGGAGACCAAGCUAGAGAUGUGGAAAGCCGAGAUUUCGCCAGACCACGAGAGGGACGACCGGUCAAACAACAGCCAUGGCGGGCAUAACCGGAAGAGAAGUGGGAGGCUGUCGUUCUUCUCGUGCGCUGAGACAGUGGAAAGUGAAUAGAAGAAACAAGCUGUACGUACCAAGCAAUGGGUUGGUCUGCGAAUGGGUGUCGAUAACGUAAUCUGAUGCAUGUCUACGUUUUCACUUGGAAACUACAUAGAGACUACAUGUAGAGAACAUUCUGCUCCUCUUCAACUACGUUGCUAUUAGAAGCAUAAUAUGAAGCACGAGUUAGACACCUCUUAUAUCCUACCACAGGAAAGUGAAUCUCAAGCACAAGACUAAUACUAAUAUGAUGAUAUGUGAAGAUACAGCAGUUGUUUGUUGAAAUUAAGCAGCCAAACAAGACAUAUAUAUACAUUCUUUCUCAGACGAAACCACCAGAAAAAUUCAUACAGCACAGUUGCUUCAGCUAAGAAAGAAUGGCAUGUCAGGCGAGAAACCCAAGCUUUUCUCCGUUCUUUUUGGCCAAGCGGAUCAAACCUUGUCUCUGCUUACCAUCAGCCCCUAUAGUCUUGCAGAACUCUGU